AUGUCCCUGCCUUUCAAGCAAUCAGAUCCCAAGCUACCGAACAACCGGAGCCAGGCGCUGCAUCGUCUGUAUCGGCUGAAGCAGAGUUUAACGCGUGACAAGAAAUAUCGAGACGACUACAUCAAGUUCAUGAGUAAUAUCAUUCACAAGGGUUUUGCUGAGCCAGUUCCAGAGAGCGAGUUGGAACUUAACAAUGGCACAGUCUGGUAUAUCCCACACCAUGGAGUAUACCAUCGGAAAAGGCCGAACAAAAUUCGCGUAGUUUUUGACUGCAGCGCGAACUACAAAGGCCAAUCAUUGAAUGAUCGUCUAUUGCAAGUUCCAGAUCUCACAAAUUCACUGACAGGUGUUCUGUGCAGAUUUAGACAAGACUUAGUCGCAUUUAUCUGCGAUAUUGAACACAUGGUCUUCCAGUUCAGGGUCAAGUCAGAACAUCGCAACUUUCUGAGAUUUCUUUGGUGGAGUGACGAUAACCUCAGCGGUGAUCCCAUCGUGAUGCGGAUGACGGUGCACCUUUUUGGAGCUGCCUCUUCUUCUUCCUGUACGAGCUUUGGUCUGAAGGAAACGGCCAAUAGGAACGGAGAGAAAUAUGGAAAGGUUGCCGCAGAUUUUAUCAGGCAUGACUUCUAUAUCGAUGAUGGGCUGAAAUCGACAGCUUCAGCUGAGAAAGACAUCGACCUGAUUGACAGAAGCAUGGCCAUGUGUGCUGAAGGAGGUUUGCGUCUCCACAAGUUUGUCUCCAAUUCAAGAGAAGUCUUAGCUGCAGUCCCUUCAGAAAAUCAGGCAAAGGGCAAACAGAGCCUGGAUCUUGUCUUUGAACCUUUACCGGUUGAAACAGCACUUGGGGUACAGUGGUGUAUCAAACCGGAUGCAUUCCGGUUCAGGAUUACCUUGCAGGAUAAGCCCCUUACAAGACGUGGUAUCUUAUUUACUGUAUCUUCCAUCUACGACCCCCUAGGAUUUGCCGCCCCAGUUGUUCUAUUAGGGAAGCAGAUACUACAACAGUUAUGUCGAGAUAGUCUAGAUUGGGACAGUCCGUUGCCAGACCCUGAGCAUCCAAAAUGGGAGAGCUGGAGAAAUGAUUUGUUUCUUCUGGAGAAAGUUUGCGUGCAGCGCUGUGUAAAACCAGCUAACUUUGGUUAA